AUGUUGACAAACUUGGAUUUGGAUUUGUCGCCAAAUUCUAUGAUUACACUUUCCAAUGCGAAAGCUUACACCGAAGACAAUAUAGUGAUUUACAAUAUUUUAUUUGAAUGUCCAUUGGAGGUUGCCGAACAUGAUAUACGGAAAUACUUUGGGAAUUUUGGAAGUAUUAAUGAAAUGGGGUUUCUAGCCGAUUACACUUCUGAGAGUCUAAAAAGAGGAUUUGUCCAUUUUGCGAAUGCCACCGAUGCAGCCAUGAUUUUGGAAAUACCGGAACAUGUUAUUAACAUGAAACCAAUACGUGUGUGUGCUGAUGAUAGCUGGCAACAACCGGAUGCUAAAAAUAAUGUCCGCAACAACAAUGGAACAAACGAAUAUACCAAAGAAAUGUCUACAUCAAUUCUGAAUUUAAACUAUGAUUGUUUCGAAAUCAUAUUUGAAUAUUUAUCCCUCAAGGAUCAAGUCAGUGUGGCACGAACAUGCGGCCGUUUAAGAAGUCUCUUUGAAAUGUAUGCCAAGCGUGAAUAUAAAUAUUUCGAACUAUACGAUUUCACUGAAGACGAGCUAACGUUGUGGGAAGUACGUGAUUUUCUGGAAAUUGUCGGUCCCCACAUGGUGAUGGUGGCUAUUAGUGGUAAAGAAAAUAAAUGUCACGAUCGCUUUUUGGAAUAUGUCAGUUUAUAUUGCACUAAUCUCAGCGAGAUUUGUUUAGUAGCACACAGAUUGAAGAGGUCAGUAUUGGAUAGAGUCUUCACAAAUUUGAGUUAUUUGCUACUUUCACUGGAUCUAACCUAUGGAGAUCUAUGCCAACACAUUAAGGAUUUCAAAACGGUGGAAUGUUUGAAUUUGACUUCUUGUGACCGUAUGCAGAACGACAACUUGUUGGAAAUAUGCAAAAACCUAACCGAAUUACAUACACUUGCCAUUCUCAAGUGCAAAAAUUUGGAAUCUACAAUAGACAUUGCGAAAAUGAUUACUUAUUUAAAUAAUCUUCGAAAAUUGGAAAUCAGCUGUUUAUAUUCGAAACAAGUUGAUCUCUUGGCCACAUUACCGAAACUGGAAGAUUUUUCUUACAAAACAAGUGAUGACAUCGAUAUUAGCUUCUUUAAUGAGCUGGUCAGACACAAGAGCGAUCAAUUGGUUUCGUUACGCCUCCAAGCUCGCCGAUUUUUGAGUUUGGGGAGUGCGCAACAAAUCUCGGAAUUAAAGAAACUAAAAUGGCUGGGGUGUCACAGCUCCGUUGAUCUCACCGAUGAAGCUGUAAAAAAACUAGCACUUCUGCCGGAAUUAGAAGAGUUGAAAAUUUUCUGUUAUAAAUUCACCAUUGAAAAAGGACUAUUAGAAGUAAUUCGAUAUUGUCAAACUUUGAACACACUUGACCUAUGCGGCUGCCGUGAAAUAGAGGCAUCCUUUGUCAGUGAUGUUUUGAAGCUGUUAAGGGACGAACGUGUACAAAGGCAACGAAAGAAACCAUUAAUUAUUUGCGCCAUUGGAUGUGUUAUCGAUGAGAGUGAGCUGGAUUUUUCGGAAUUGGAUUUGGCAGGGGAAUUAUUGCAUGUUAAAUUCGAUUUGGACACGUUAAAGGGUUGCCAAUCAUAUUGUAGUUAUUUUUAA